CCCCAGAAAAACCGCGCGUUUAUUUCCAACCGGCCACGCCAUCUACCGGCGCGCUGACGUCACCGGGAGGCUGCGCGCGGUAUAUACGAGAUGCGCACAGGUGGAUCCUCAAUCCUUUCCGUGACUCGCGUGAGACCAGUGAACCGACCAUGCUACGAUUUGUGACACUUUGCGCGGUUGCGGUGGCGCUGUCAUCGGCAGCUCCCAACCCAGUCUCCAACGUGUUUGAGAUCGACAUCUCGCCCGAAGAGGCGGCGAAGUACCUGAGCAGCCCGCCGUUCACAGCGCCCCAGCUUUCGGGACGCACUGGCGUUCUCCCUCUGGUGAGAUGGAACGAUCCGAGGUUCCGCUCGGCGGAGGCUGGCCCUACUCUAGGCCACUACUGGAAAAAUGGCCGCGAGAUUGAGAAUACCGAUGACUAUGUUGAGGAGGUGUACGACGCGUCUCAAUUCCACGGACAAGACGGUCUCGGCGGCUACGCAUACGGCUACCAGGCGCCCGAGUCCUCGAAGGUGGAGAACCGAGCCAGAACCGGUGACGUCACUGGUUCCUACACCUACAAGGACGGCAACAAUGAACUCAUCAAGGUUCGCUACUGGGCUGACGGCGAAGGCUUCCACCAAGAAGACAACCUGCCGAAGGUAGAGCUGAAGCCUGUGGAGGAGGCUGCUGAUGUCCGCGAGGCUCGUCUGGCUCACGAGAAGGCCUGGCAGGAGGCCGCCGCUGCUGCCGCCCAGAACCCAGACCCUCAGGGCGCCUACAACAGCAACUACGACUACAACCAAGCUGCAUCCGAGCAGCAACAGAACGUAGUCGCCCCCCUUGCCGCCGCCCCCGCCCGCGAAGGCAAGGCUUUCGCGCAGGCGCAGAGCAGCUUCCAGUCCAACCAGUACAGCCAGCAGCAACAGCAUCAACAACAGCCGCAGAAAUAUGGCCAACAGCAACAGCAGGGUCAACAGCAAGAUGAGCCUGAGCCUACUGGCCCGCCACGUGGUUUCUUCUACAGUUUCAACUACCCAGUCUCCAUCAUUGUGCCUAAGAGCGGCCAGCAGCCCGGCGCUCUCAACCCUGGACAACCUCUGGACCAUGACACCGUUGGCGUCAGUGCCCAUGCCCACCAGGGCUAACCUUUAGCUUACUUUUGUAUCCUUUACCCGCUGCUAUUAAAAGAUUGGUCCGAAAAAUGGUCCCUGAGGUACACUAGAAAAAAAAGCUUUUAAAAA